ACAGUAGACCAACCAAUUAAAGUUCUUUUUUUCCCCCUUUACAAUAUACUAUUAUAAUCCACGACAGACCUUAUAUCAUUGUAAACAAGUUAGUUUGAACCUUGACCUCUGAGUGGGCAGGAUCUGCUAAGACACACCUGAUUGAGUUUAUUUAAUCCUGAGCUCUUUGUCCAGUCUUCUAGCUCCCAUCAGGAUAUGGCUGAGUCAGACAGAAGUGAGAAAGACCGCUACGGUUUAGGGACUCAACUCAUCUCAAAUAUGUGCUCUCAACUUAAAAACAAUCUGCCAGGAAAUGGAUUAAUGUCACAGUUACCUACUAUGAAGUUUCCUGAACAGUUUUACUCUAAGAGUGAAAAAGAAGACCUCAAAGCAGAGCCUGACUCAAGCAAGCCAGAUGACAGCUCGUCCACGGAGCCUUCGUCAUCCCUGAAAUCAAUGGCCUUAACAAGGACAUUGGAUUUUGAAAAGAUUUUCUCAGCUGUGGGAAAGAUGCUCUUUGACCCAUCAGACUCAGACGAAAUUGAUGAUGAGAAGUCAGAGUCAAAUGAUGAAGUACAAAGUGCGAGGUUUCAGUCAAAGUUCCUUCAUAAUUUACCUCUGUACCAGGACUACUGCCUUCAGAGUGUGCGUGAUGACAUCCAAAGACUGAAAAAGUCCUCCGUGUCUGAGCUGUUCCCCCAGUAUGUCGAGGGUUUACAGACUCAAUUCAAGUUCUACAAGCCUCAGAGUGGCUCCCCUCAGUGCAGCCACAGUCCUUCUCCUAGUGGUCCCAUCUGCUCCACACCUCCCACCCCCAUCAAAGUGACACCCAGUACCCUCUGGCAGGACCUGGAGGAGGUGAAGGGCUCUGGUGUACUCCGAAGCUUAAGUCCAAGAGAGAUAAGACUACAUGAGACAUCAUUUGAGUUGAUCUGCUCCGAAGCAUCUUACAUGAGGAGUUUGGAAAUUGCAGUAAACCAUUUUUAUGCCUCUAAAGCCUUGAAACAGACACUGACUCAGAUGGAGCAUCACAUCCUGUUCUCCAAUAUUCAGCACGUGAUGGUGGCCAGUGAGAAAUUUCUCACAGAAUUGGAGCUUCGACUGGGAGAGUGUAUUCUGAUUGGUUCUCAGGCUGGUGAGGUCGUGCUUAGACACUGCCCUGCAUUUCGCCGUCUCUAUGUCCCUUAUGUGACCAAUAUGUCAUACCAGGAGGCUCUCAUCAGGCAACUACUGCAAAAAAACAAAGAUUUCCAGAAUGCACUCUCCAAACUUGAGAAGAAUCCAGUUUGUCAAAGGCAAAGCUUGAAGUCUUUCCUGGUUUUGCCAUUUCAGAGAAUUACUCGGAUUAAACUUAUUCUGGAGACUAUUUUGAAAUUGACUAAACCAGAAUCUGACUCAUUCACAAACCUUGAAAAGGCCAUUCAAGCCAUUCAUGAGGUAGUGCAAGAGUGUGACAAUAGAGUUCAAAAAAUGAAACAAAUUGAAGAACUUGUCUGUUUGGAAAUGCUGCUUGAUUUUGGCAAAGUUAAGUCCAUUCCUCUGGUCAUAAGUGGGCGUUUCCUGGUGCACAAAGGUCCAGUGAAGCAGCUGAAACUGGCAAGCUCUGCUCACUCAAGAAUGUCAUUCACAAAUAUCUACCUCCAUCUCCUCAGUGACAUCCUCAUCAUUUCCUUGAAAAGAGAUGAGCAGUUCAAAGUUCUGGAUCAUGCAGAGUUCCCGUCACACAUUCGCUGUGAGGCCCUAAAGGCUGAGUUCCUGGGUCUCCCUGCAAACUCUUUCCUGCUUCAUCUGUCCAAGAGGCCAAUGGGAGAAGCUACUGCUUUAAUACUAGUUACUGACACAAGGUCAGCCAAGGAGACGUGGAUGAAGGCAUUAUCUUCAAAAAAGUGAUUUUUUUUUUUUUUUUUUUUUUUUUUUUUUUUUUUAAAUAUUUGUUUUAAGGAUCAUUUUUAAUUCACUUGAUUUAAACACAGGUUCA